AUGACUGUGUUAGUUCCUACAUUAUUUAUAUAUUUUAUUAUAAUAUUUCACUUUACAUUUGCCGAAAUGACGACUGAAGAAAUUCAAGUCCUCAAUGAACUACCUAUAGACAAGCUUUUACGAAUAAAGAAUUCUUUACAAGAAGUUUCAACAACGGAUAACAUUACUGUAAUAGAACCAACGUUCAUUGAAACCUUCGGAGCUCAAGCAAUGUCUUUACGAUCACCUAUCAAACGUACAGAUUACGAAGAUGGAUAUAAGAAAGAAGUUAGUAAAAUAAGUAACAUAUUUUCGAUGUCCCUAACAACUUUAGCGUUUCUCGCAUUUGGUGGUUACUUGCUUUGCUUGAUAGUGCAAGCUGUGAAGUCUAAGCAUGCUUACAGCGCGGCUAAUGUACCACAAUCAACGUUUGUAUUGAAUGCAGGGAUAAAACGACCUCAAACAUUUGCAUCAUACGGCCGAAAGAAAAGAGAAGCUGAAGUACCUAAUGAAAUUGAUUUACCACCAGAACAAUUGUUCACAGCUUUGAUACAACUAUGUGAGGGAUAUGCUAAAUGGAAUGGAGUCAGUUAA